AUUUUAUAGAGGAAGAACAUGAGUCCCUUUAAGAGAAAGCAAAUUGUCUGAGCUCAUGUGGCACACUGGUGCCAGAGCCGGGACUUCAUCCCAGGCCUCUUAGUUCGUCCUUUAUUGCUUUUUCCACUCUACCUGCCUGCGUGUGUAUUUGUGAUAUUUAAAUGCGUUCACACAGGGAGGGAAAGAGAUUACUAAUCUUCUCCAUCUACACAAACUGUCUACCAGAGAGAUGGGCAGAGCAUGGCCAAAAGACACAGGAGGCAUUAUCUCUCGCUUCUCCCUGCCGUAUUCAACGAGCUAGAUUGCGAUCUUCGGAGCGGCAGUCCCCCCGCCUUGCUGGAAAUGUUGAAACACUUGUGACUGACCUCCAGUGACACAGAAGCUUCUGGGUAGGGGCUGGAGACAGGUGGGGGAGAUGUUUCUGCUAGGACAUCGCUGAAACACACACUGGAAUCAGACUGUGCUCAGAGUCCUGGGAUUCCAAGGUGCAGAAUUCAACUUGAAAUCGGCUUACAGUGAGCCUAAGAUUACACUUGAUGGACGUGAAUUUCUUGUGCCUGAGACCUGAGAUCUGUCUGCACUAGCAGCGGCAGCAGCCAUCGGGGCUCUGGCCAGAAGGCUUAAAAACUGAAAUAUUGGGAGAGGAAAGCAGUUGAUCCUCAAGUAGCUGAGUUUCUCCGAGGGAAAUUUGUUUCAAGAGCCCUGGAGUCCUGAGCAGCUCCUGACCUCUUGCAGAUCUCCAGGAGAACCCUGCCAGUGGCACUGCUGAGAGACAAGGUCCCAGGGUGGUUCCUGAAAGUGCCUGAGCCCCAACUUAUGAGCAAGGAGCUUGUCAUGCUGACAACAGUCAUGGAGCUCUGGCACGGCUUAGUGAUCGCGGUGGUGUCCUUCUUCCUGCAGGCCUGCCUCCUCGUCAUCUUCAACUACCUGCUCAGCAGGCACAUGGCCCACCAGAGUGAAGAGAUACUGAAAGCGACCAGGCUCCAGGUCCCCAGGCCCAGCCCUGUCCACCAACAUCCACCUGCUGCCAAAGAGAUGGAGACUCAGACAGAGAUAGACGCCCUAAUGUCUGAUCCCUGUUACAGGCAUGACAGCGACACAUCCUCAGACAGCUCAGGUGGUUCCUGCAGUUCGCCUCCCGUCUGCCAGGCCACCAACCAUGUGGAUUACACACAAGUCAUCUUUUCAGCCCCUGGAGAACUAAAAGAUGACUCUGCCCUGGACUAUGAGAACAUAAAGGAAGUCACAGAUUAUGUCAAUGUCAAUCCAAAAAGCCACAAGCCCAAUUUCUGGAAUUUUGUCAACCCUGCUCUGUCUGAGCCAGUGGAAUACAGUCAAGUGGCCAUGUGAAUUCUGGAUGUUUUUAAUGGGGUCCAGUUCUCUAUGGAUUCUUACAUUUAAUUUGUAGAGGAAUGCCAUUUUUCCCCCUUAAACAAAGCAUGGGGCUCCCAAGGCUAUGGAGACAGGCCAAAAAUAAUGUGGAGAAGAAAACUGACAAUCCACAGAAGUCCUCAGCACCCAUGGACUC